UUCUCGGAGCUGGACUGUAGGGAGACAAAGCAGCAGCCGUCGGCUUCGGGCCUCCGGUAUCCAGCGCUCGCCCUACUCGCUGCAGAUGGAGUCUCACUGUCAUCCAGGCUGGAGUGCAAUGGCUCGAUCUUGGCUCACUGCAAUGUCUGCUUCCUGGUUGAAGGAUUCUCAUGCUUCAGCCUGCCAAGUAGCUGGGACUACAGAAAUGACUGCUGUUCACGCAGGCAACAUAAACACAGGCAACAUAAAUGUCAAGUGGGACCCCAAAAGUCUGGAGAUCAGGACUCUGGCAGUUGAGAGACUGUUGGAGCCCCUUGUUACACAGGUUACAACCCUGGUAAACACCAAUAGUAAGGGGCCCUCUAAUAAGAAGAGAGGUCGUUCCAAGAAGGCUCAUGUUUUGGCUGCAUCUGUUGAACAAGCAACUGAGAAUUUCUUGGACAAGGGGGAUAAAAUUGCAAAGGAGAGCCAGUUUCUCAAGGAGGAGCUUGUGGCUGCUGUAGAAGAUGUUCGAAAACAAGGUGAUUUGAUGAAGACUGCCGCGGGAGAGUUCGCAGAUGAUCCCUGCUCUUCUGUGAAGCGAGGCAACAUGGUUCGGGCAGCUCGAGCUUUGCUCUCUGCUGUUACCCGGUUGCUGAUUUUGGCUGACAUGGCAGAUGUCUACAAAUUACUUGUUCAGCUGAAAGUUGUGGAAGAUGGUAUCUUGAAGUUAAGGAAUGCUGGCAAUGAACAAGACUUAGGAAUACAGUAUAAAGCCCUAAAACCUGAAGUGGAUAAGCUGAACAUUAUGGCAGCCAAAAGGCAACAGGAACUGAAAGAUGUUGGCCAUCGUGAUCAGAUGGCUGCAGCUAGAGGAAUCCUGCAGAAGAAUGUUCCGAUCCUCUAUACUGCAUCCCAGGCAUGCCUACAGCACCCUGAUGUCGCAGCCUAUAAGGCCAACAGGGACCUGAUAUACAAGCAGCUGCAGCAGGCGGUCACGGGCAUUUCCAAUGCAGCCCAGGCCACUGCCUCAGACGAUGCCUCCCAGCACCAGGGGGGAGGAGGAGGAGAACUGGCAUAUGCACUCAAUAACUUUGAUAAACAAAUCAUUGUGGACCCCUUGAGCUUCAGUGAGGAGCGCUUUAGGCCUUCCCUGGAGGAGCGUCUGGAAAGCAUCAUUAGCGGGGCUGCCUUGAUGGCCGACUCAUCCUGCACUCGUGACGAUCGUCGUGAGCGAAUUGUGGCAGAAUGUAAUGCUGUUCGCCAGGCCCUGCAGGACCUGCUUUCUGAGUACAUGGGCAAUGCUGGACGUAAAGAAAGAAGUGAUGCACUCAAUUCUGCAAUAGAUAAAAUGACCAAGAAGACCAGGGACUUGCGUAGACAGCUCCGCAAAGCUGUCAUGGACCAUGUUUCAGAUUCUUUUCUGGAAACCAAUGUUCCACUUUUGGUAUUGAUUGAAGCUGCAAAGAAUGGAAAUGAGAAAGAAGUUAAGGAGUAUGCCCAAGUUUUUCGUGAACAUGCCAACAAGUUAAUUGAGGUUGCCAACUUGGCCUGUUCCAUCUCAAAUAAUGAAGAAGGUGUAAAGCUUGUUCGAAUGUCUGCAAGCCAGUUAGAAGCCCUCUGUCCUCAGGUUAUCAACGCUGCAUUGGCUUUAGCAGCAAAACCACAGAGUAAACUGGCCCAAGAGAACAUGGAUCUUUUUAAAGAACAAUGGGAAAAACAAGUCCGUGUUCUCACAGAUGCUGUCGAUGACAUAACUUCCAUUGAUGACUUCUUGGCUGUCUCAGAGAAUCACAUUUUGGAAGAUGUGAACAAAUGUGUCAUUGCUCUCCAAGAGAAGGAUGUGGAUGGCCUGGACCGCACAGCUGGUGCAAUUCGAGGCCGGGCAGCCCGGGUCAUUCACGUGGUCACCUCAGAGAUGGACAACUAUGAGCCAGGAGUCUACACAGAGAAGGUUCUGGAAGCCACUAAGCUGCUCUCUAACACAGUCAUGCCACGUUUUACUGAGCAAGUAGAAGCGGCCGUGGAAGCCCUCAGCACGGACCCUGCCCAGCCCAUGGAUGAGAAUGAGUUUAUCGAUGCCUCCCGCCUGGUAUAUGAUGGCAUCCGGGACAUCAGGAAAGCAGUGCUGAUGAUAAGGACCCCUGAGGAGUUGGAUGACUCUGACUUUGAGACGGAAGAUUUCGAUGUCAGAAGUAGGACGAGUGUCCAGACAGAAGACGAUCAGCUGAUAGCUGGCCAGAGUGCCCGGGCGAUCAUGGCUCAGCUUCCCCAGGAGCAGAAAGCGAAGAUUGCAGAACAGGUGGCCAGCUUCCAGGAAGAAAAGAGCAAGCUGGAUGCUGAAGUGUCCAAAUGGGAUGACAGUGGCAAUGACAUCAUUGUGCUGGCCAAGCAGAUGUGCAUGAUUAUGAUGGAGAUGACUGACUUUACCCGAGGUAAAGGACCACUCAAAAAUACAUCAGAUGUCAUCAGUGCUGCCAAGAAAAUUGCUGAGGCAGGAUCCAGGAUGGACAAGCUUGGCCGCACCAUUGCAGACCACUGCCCCGACUCGGCCUGCAAGCAGGACCUGCUGGCCUACCUGCAACGCAUCGCCCUCUACUGCCACCAGCUCAACAUCUGCAGCAAGGUCAAGGCUGAGGUGCAGAAUCUCGGCGGGGAGCUUGUUGUCUCUGGGGUGGACAGCGCCAUGUCCCUGAUCCAGGCAGCCAAGAACUUGAUGAAUGCCGUGGUCCAGACCGUGAAGGCAUCUUACGUCGCCUCUACCAAAUACCAAAAGUCGCAGGGUAUGGCUUCCCUCAACCUUCCUGCUGUGUCAUGGAAGAUGAAGGCACCAGAGAAAAAGCCCUUGGUGAAGAGAGAGAAACAGGAUGAGACACAAACCAAGAUUAAACGGGCAUCUCAAAAGAAGCACGUGAACCCAGUGCAGGCCCUCAGUGAGUUCAAAGCCAUGGACAGCAUCUAGGUCUGCCCCACCCCUUGGUGCUCCUGAAGAUAAGUCACUGUUCGUCACUCACAUGAAUUUGAUGAAUACAACACUGAUGUUAGAUUCCACAGGGAAAGGGGCAGACGGUGAACCAGUCCAGGUGGUGAAUUUUCCAAGGACAUACUUAUGUUUAAGUUGAUUAAAAAUGCUUUUAGAAUGCAUUUAGCUAUAUAUUUUUUAUCACUUAAAUAAAAGAAUUCCAUAACCAAAGAGAAUCCCACAUGAAGUUGUUAGUAAUGCUCUGACCAAGCCCUGAUGCCCAUUCUCUUGGUGGCGGCAUUAGGGUUUGAGAAGGGAAUUUUCUGGCUCAACCUCAGUUAAGAGGGUGCAGUCGAGACAGCUUGACUGCUUUUAAAUGACCAAAGAUGACCUUUGGUAAGCAACCUGGGCAUCUUAGGAAGCAGUCCGUGGAGAAUGAAUCUUCUCAGAAAGGUCUUUAGAGGGACAAACUUGGUAAAACAUAAUGUACCAUGAAAAAAACUGAUUACUCUCUUUAUGACAUGAAAUGAGAAUUUUAAAUGCAUGGUUACAAUUACUAAUGUAUGCUGCUGCAGGACAUUAAUAAAGUUGCUUUUUUGCAGGCUAGAGUGUCGUGAUGCCAUACUCAGAACACACCUUUUUCCCCUUUCUUCCAGCUUCAAAUGCAAAUUCAUCAUCAGGCUCACUUCUAAUAAUUGGAAUGUUUGCUGCCUUGGGCUUGCAGCAGAAAAGCCUGAUAAAAUAGUGUUUGCUUAGGCAGUAAGUUAGACUUUACCUCAUUUGUGAUUACUAGAGUGAUUACUUUAACUACAAGGCAUAAUUUACUAUUUAAAUUUUAUGAAUUUGAAUGUUUUUUACACUAACUUUUCCCAAUAAAGUCCACUAUGAAACCAUGA